AUGUUGGGUUCAUGCAUUUGCGGAAAGCUGAAAUACGAAUUCAAGGGGGAUUCGCAAGGGAUGGCACUUUGCUACUGUCUUUCUUGCCGCAAGAUCAGCGGUAGCACCCACACAACAAACAUCCUGAUCCCCGAAAAAGAAUUAUCUCUUACUAGUGGUUCCGCACAAACAUCCACCCAAACCCAUGAAACCGGCAUGAAACUUACAUUGCACUUUUGUGAAUCCUGUGGAGGAACUCUGUACAAAACAGCCGAUAGUGAAGACUUCGCCGGUAUGGCCAUAGUUCAGGCCGGAACUGUCGAUCAACCCAAUGUACUACAGGAAGUCAGACCGACCGUAGAACUCUUUACUAAGUAUCGAGCUUCCUGGAUUCCCAGACUCGAGGGCGUUGUCCAAAAAGCCGAGUUUUGA